UGUUGAAGCAACUUUGAAGUUGAGACCCAAAGGUUCAAAAUUUUCGAAGAGAGGAAAAAUGGCGGAUUUUGAAGAUGAAGAAUUCCUAUCUCAGGUCGCCGCAGCAGAAGCAGAAGCCCUUUCCACCGCUGCCAAGCGUCGCCGAAUCUCUGCCACCGUAACCACUACCACUACCACCUCCGCGGUUACCACGCCAGAGUUCAAAGUCAAUGUCAAUAAUAAUGCCAGUGUGGAAGAAGGAGCUUAUCUAGCGGUUCUGAAAGGGAACACAAGUGUUUUACUCCAACAAAAAGUAUCGACAAAUGCCUUUUCUACUCCGAUUAACAACAAAUACAAAGCAAAUCCACCGACUGAUGAUUCUGUGAGCUUUCCUGAGAAGAUAUGUGCGUGUGGAAUGGGUAGUUGCCUUGUACUCACUGCCAAUACUGAGAAGAAUCGCGGCCGUAAGUUCUACAGAUGCCCUAUGAGACAGGAGAAUGGUGGUUGUGGAUUCUUUCAGUGGUGUGACCAACCUCCGGUUACUGAUUCUCUGACCACCCGAGGCCCGAGUUACUCUGUCAGUUCCACCUUCCCGGAACUUUCAUGUCCAUGUGGUUCUGGGACAUGCCUAGUUCUGACAGCCAAAACAGGAAAAAAUAUUGGUCAGCAAUUCUACCGAUGCCCAUUGUAUCAGGGAGGUUGUGGAUUCUUCAAAUGGUGUAAUGACAACACGACCAAUGCUAGCUUCUCAAAUUCAUCUAACAGCUCUCAGACUUAUCCAAAAAUUGAUGGGUCAACCAACAAAAUCAACAAUUCAGUCGCUUCUAGUUUCAAAUGUGGCAAUGCUGGCAACUGGGUUAAAGAUUGUCCACAGUCGUCUUCUCAACGCUCUGCUGCUGAUGGAGGAGUACAGUAUUCCAAUUCAAGAACUUGUUUUAAGUGUGGCAAGCCUGGUUGCUGGGCCAAGGACUGUUCAUCCAACUGAUUCCAGAGCAGUGAUUGUGCGAAGUGGAUUCCCUCUUGGUUUUGAUGACAUCUGAAGCACUGCUAUAAUUUUGAUGUAAAUAUUGCCCACCCCAACUUUCUAGGAAAGGACGUUUUGUUCUUCUUUGAUACUGAAUCAGUCUCAAGUUGCAGUUAAUGAGUAUAUGUGAUCUUGGAUUUUGCUGAUGUUUUGAAUGUUGAACUUCAUGUUAGAUAUGACACUAUGUAACAGCUUUCUUCAUUGUUUUGCUGUUUAGUGAUGGUUUGGAAAUCCCAUUUCCUCUAAAUCUUCCAAUUUUCGA